AUGGGACUAUUCCAAGGGGUCUUUGGGAAACGAGCAACACCGCCGACCGCGCCCCCUGUUGAUAUCGAGGAAUUGUUGGCUCGCUUAUGUCUGCCAGCAUCCGCGACCAACUCUGCUGCUAGUCGCCGAGUGAGUAUCCAACGAUGCAACGAAAUCAGCGAUAUCCUCCUCAACAAAGGCAAAGAUACUGGCGAUGAUCGACUACUCGCAUGGAGUGAACGACCGCGAAUAUACAUUGUUUUACGGAAUAUUCAGCGGUUGGAUCUGCUGGACUAUUUCGUCAAGGCCGAGUUGACGGACUUCCAUAUUCCGUUCAAUGAGGACACUCUGCCAAUCUUCCUGCGUGAGGAUGGCCUCCGAGAAUCAUUCCUGCAAUUUCAACAAUACGUGCUUUCCUCGGGGGCGAAGGGGUUGGAUAACCAUGGUGGACCCCACCUGAGCUUUGCGGGAAAUGCUCAGAGGUACUUUUACUACAAGGAGUCGCUGGGCCGGGGUGGAUAUGGAGAAGUCGACGCCGUCACCAGCCGAUUGAGUCUUCAAUCAUACGCGAGAAAACGCGUCCUACGUGGAGGAGAUACCACGACCAAUAAGAUAGGACAAGCGUCUCUAAUCCGGGAGUUAUCGUAUCUCAAAUCACUUUCUCACAUUCACCUCGUUCGAUAUGUUUCAUCAUACACUGACGAGAAGUAUAUUGCAUUCUUGAUGCAGCCCGUAGCCGACUGUGAUCUGGAGAAAUUGUUGAAGAACUUAGGCCGCAGCGGAAGGGGUGUUGAAUGUUUGCGACCAUUCUUCGGCUGUCUAACAGGAGCGAUUCAGUAUUUGCACGAGAACAAGAUCCGCCAUCGGGAUCUCAAGUCGCGGAACAUCCUCAUCAAGGAUGGCCGAGUCUUUGUGGCUGAUUUUGGAACCGCCUAUAGCUGGAAGGGCUCGAAACAAAGCACCACCAAUCAUCGCAAUGUCCCAUUCACGGCCGAGUACAUGGCGCCGGAGAUUGCGUUGCACCAGAGCCGUAGCACUGCCAGUGAUAUGUGGUCACUGGGCGUGGUGUUCCUGGAAAUGUCUACUGUGCUGUUGGGCAGCACAGUUCGGAAGAUGAAAUCUCAGCUACAUGCCUUUUCACAUCCCCGUGGAGCUGAGCCGUACCUGUGGGCUAAUCUUCCAGUGAUCGAUACAUGGAUUGAGGAGCUUAACAGCUGCGCAGCAGUGCGAGAUGAAAGCACCGAACCAUUAUCCUGGGUCCGAGAUCUGCUGCAAGAGAGACCAAAUAAACGCCCGAAAGCCGGAGACCUUAUGAAGCAGAUUCUUGAAUCUCCAUCUUUUCACGCAUUCUGUUGUGUUGACUGCUGGCCGGUAUACGAGCAACGCUCCUUUCUCUAUACCCAGCAACCCCAAGACAACGAUGCUUUCACCCCGGGGAACUCGGCGGACGUACAUGCCCAGCUCACUGCGUUACUCUAUCCCCCUGUCGACAAAGCCCGCGAACGGGAGAAAAACCAGACCAUUGAGAACUGGCUGGACGCUGUUGAUGACGAUGAUAUGAAUUUGACCUUUGAGAGCGUUAAUGGCACAGCAGAGUCUUCGGGUAUAGAGGUUCCUAUCCAAAUAGUGGAGGACAACUCGACGUAUUACUCUGCAGAGAGCUCCGACGAGGAAAGAAUGGUGCAUUUUGAUGGCCUAUCGAUCACCGGCAGUUACCAGUCGUUGGGUGACACCACCGAGUCGCAUAGCGGGCAGGCCGAUGGUGAGUCAGAGAGAACGAUCAUUCCGUCAGAAGACGACGCAGAAUCCGUUGAUGGCCUCACGGUCCAAGGUGAAGCGCACAAGCACGAAGCGGAUAUUGGCGCGGCAUACAUCCAUGGUUUCCAGUCACCGAAUAUAUGGCCACUUGAAGAACCUGAAUUCAAUGUUUGGGCGGAUGAUGGCCGGACUGACACAAUCACCCGAGGACCGGAGUUUCUAGCAGACAUGCUACCAUCUUCCAACACUGUUUGGGGAUACACUGAGUCGCUGGACUUGCCUCCGCCCCUUCCGUUGACAGAGGGAUCAAUUAGCAGUCCUUGCUACCAAGAACAGAGGGAGUUUGUUUCAACGAUGUUCAAUCCAGACGAAGGGUCUGCGGUAUCUUUGUCACCUGAGCAGGAAAUGACAACAGCUCCAAUCGAAUACAAAGUCUUGAUGGCACAAUCGACCAAGGUAGCCAAGCCUCAACCAUCGACUUCCACUGGUACUCAAGGCAAAUCUGAAACUGCUUCGCUUACUACCGGGUGUGAAUACGACGCGACUUUGGCAUUGUCGAGGGAGACUACACCAUAUGAAGGAGAAUCUGGAUGUGAAAGCACUGAGGGCGCUCUGAAUGAACGGGUAUGGACGACCGAUAGUGACAGAUCUUCUUUGAACCAGAAAGGUUAUGCAAACGUCGAAGGGGUACAGGAAAAUGCAUCGCAAAGAGCACCAAAGUCUGAGGCAGACCUUCUUCAAGGACCUAGAUCUGAAAAGACACAGUCUGAUAAGCCCUCAGAUCAGGCAGUAUGGACAAAGGAGGGAUCUGAAAAAGCGAAGUCAGCAGCUGUAGAGGAGGUGCAGAAAUCACUACCACCACCGAAAAAGAAAAGUCCAUCCAGCAAAGAACAGGUCGAUGAAAGCGCGUUAAUAGGAAAGCUGCAGAGCGGCACAACAAAAUCCGAAUCCCAAAUGGAAGAAAAGCCUGAGAGACUUUCCAUCCAAGAAGAGAAACCACGGGCAGAGGAGGGAAAGCAGGACCUACAAAUGGGGAAGCCACAUUCCCUAGAAAAUCCUCAGACAAACGGAGCUUCACCUGAGACCUCUAGCCUAGAGCCUAGCAAGCUAAGAGUUCAAGAAGUGGAAAAAGUACCACCGACCAACGAUCCGCACAAUGAUCUCGCAAAGCCCAAACCGCGUACGGAAACUGAGCCAUCUAAUAUAUCGAGCUCCAACAUGAAGUCGGGUUUUAAAAACACAGAAAGUCAAGCAUCAUCAACCGAGGAGCAGUCGGCCGAAGCCCGCUCCAAAAAACGCUCUAUGUCUCUCCACAAACAGGCGCUCCUAUCAAGCGUAACACAGGCGACCAUGAAGAAAGACCCACCGACAUCUGCCUUCAGUCCGGAGGUGUAUAUGACCACGACCUGGGAGGCCGCUUCGACGCAGGACACCAGAAUUGUCCCAGUCAACCGCAGCAAACUGAGGUGGUGGAAAUGGUUAGAUAGAGACCAGCAUAUUCUAGAGAGCCUAUGUGCCGAGGGGGCCGUACAAGCAGUGCGAAUCCUGCUGAAGGAUGGAUGCAAUCCAGGAACGGAGCUCAAGCCCCGACCAGCACCUCUACUCCUAGCCAUCCAGGGAGGUACAUAUCAGCAUUACAAAUGCGUCCAAGCACUAAUCAAUCACGGUGUCAACUUGAACAUCGUUGAGCGAAAGACCGGACGCACUGCAUUGCAAAUCGCAAUCGAACAACCCUUUUUUGCCGGCCAUACAAGUCUCGUCCGAGAUCUGAUCCAGGGGGGAGCUGACACAAACAAGCCUGAUCAUACUGGCAAACGACCGAUUUUGAGUGUUUUCGACAUCCAAAAGAACGAUGCCCUUGAAAAGCACCAACUAGAUGCGCUGGCAUGCCUUCUCGUCGGGGGCGAAGGGAAAGAGACCGAUGUCAAUGUCUACACCCCCCAUACGCACAACAGUCCUUUGCACCUUGCCAUACGACGACGGAGCCCCAUGGCCGUUGGUCUGUUGCUUUUCCGCGGCGUAUUAGUUAACGCCAAAAACCAAGCUGGUGCCACACCCCUCCUCCUGGCUGCAGCUCAAUGGGCUGGACACUUAGUCACGGAUCAGAAGACCAUUCUGGACCUCCUCCUCCAGGAGCCAAAUAUUAACUUGAAUGAGAUUGCCGGCGUACAGCGUCGAACCGCGCUCCAUCAAGCAGUUUUUCGCGCCUCUCCGACGGCUGUAAGAAUGCUUCUUGAGAAAGGUGCUGAUAUUUCGAUUAAGGACUCCGAGGGUAAAACGGCGCAACAAUUGGCAUUGACGCUGGACUCGACCAAAUGGAACGACGAAAAGGCCCAGAUUGUCCAGCUUUUAGAUAAACGAAAAGCCAGACAUAAGACGAUGUACCAUCAUGUUCGACACUAA